AUGGCACGUGACUAUAUCGGAGUUAAGGAUUGGAUGUAUGUGAAUCGUGAAAAACGCACAAAGCCUGAAUUCAUUGAAGGAGUUGCCUCUUUCAUAAAUUUUGUGCGUGAACACGAUAGGAUCCAAUAUGGGAUGAUUCUUUGUCCGUGCAGUCAUUGUGGGAAUAGGAUGCAUCGUAAGGAGGAAGAUGUAGAACUUCACAUUGUUAAGCAUGGUUUUAUUAAGGAUUAUACAAUUUGGGUAUAUCACGGAGAAAUCGUAGCUCCUAAUAUUGUCGAUAAUGAAGAAGAAGACAAUGAAGAAAAUUUAUUUCCAGAAGAGGAGAUGGAGGAAAUGAUAGAAGUUGCUUUUGGUGACUCCAAUCAUGCUGAAGAUGAUCAUCCUUCCGGACAAGAACAUGUAGAUGAGUAUGAGAAGUACAUGAAAGAUGCCAAAAGACCAAUUUAUGAGAAUGCAAAAUAUUCCACACUAUCAUGGUUCGUUCAACUUUUCCAGAUUAAAUGCCUAAAUAAAUGGAGCAACAAGUCAUUUACGAUGCUUCUAAAAUUCUUGAAAGAUUCUAUGCCUCUUGGGAACAAUGUGCCUCAGAGCUGGUAUGAAGCUAAAAGGAUAAUGUCAGAUCUGGGUUUGAAUUGUGAGAAGAUUCAUGCAUGUCCUAAUGAUUGUGUGCUGUUCUGGAAAGAAAAUUCUAAACUGAAAGAGUGCCCUAACUGUGGAGUUUUUAGAUAUAAGAAGAAAGCACAUGCUAAUAAGAAUGACAUACCAGUCAAGGUGGUACGAUACUUUCCUGUGACACAGAGGCUGCAGAGGCUCUACAGGUGUAAGAAGACAGCGGUGGCAAUGACUUGGCAUGACCGUGCUAUUCCAAGUGAACAUGGUAAAAUGAGUCAUCCAAGAGAUUCGCCAGCAUGGAAGGAUUUCGACAAGUUGCACACAAUAUUUAGUCAAGAUCCCCGUAAUAUUAGGCUCGGAUUAGCUAGCGAUGGUUUUUGUCCCUUUAGUUUUAAUGGCAAUCCGCACAGUACAUGGCCUGUUACAAUGAUGAUAUAUAAUCUUUCACCGUGGUUAGCGAUGGAUCAAUCAUACUUUCUGAUGCCUCUUCUUAUUGAUGGGCCGAGUUCACCGGGCAACAAUAUCGACGUCUACCUUCGACCUCUCAUCGAUGAGUUACAUUCUUUAUUCGUUGAUGGUGUAGAGACAUAUGAUGCAGACAAAGGGGAAACAUUCACAAUGCGUGCAGCCUUAAUGUGGACAAUUAAUGACUUUCCUGCAUAUGGAAUGCUAUCAGGUUAUUCCGUACACGGUUAUAAAGCAUGUCCUUACUAUCAUGUCGAUACAUCAUCGACAUGGUUGCCCUUUAGCAAAAAAAUCUGUUAUUGCGGUCAUCGACGUAUGUUGGAAGAAGAUCAUCCUUAUAGGGAUGAUGAUGUUCACUUUGAUGGUACUACAGAGCAUAGAAAGGCUCCAGCCCCCCUAUCCGGAAAGGACAUACUUGCUCAGUGGAAUGUUUAUGGAAAUAUAACUUUCGGAAAAGUAAAGGAAAGACAGGAAAGACCACAAGGAUGGAACAAAAAAAGUAUUUUCUUUGAAUUGCCCUAUUGGGAGACAAAUACCGUGCGUCACAAUCUAGACGUGAUGCACAUUGAGAAGGGAGUAUCUGAGCACAUACUUAACUUGCUUCUUUGUAAAGAUGGAAAAUCAAAAGACAACCUCCAAGCUCGGAGAGAUUUGCAGCACUUCAACAUUAGAAAAGAAUUGCAUCCUGUACCUAAAGCUGGUAAUCCGGGCAAAUUUGUACUCCCUAAUGCCGUUUAUCAUAUGUCAAAAUCAGAAAAAAAAAUGUUUUUAGAGGUAUUACAUGAGUUGAAGGUUCCCACAGGCUUUUCAGGAUCAUUUAAUAAGAAGAUAAAGACUGUGAAAGGCAAGAUCGAUGGGUUGAAGAGUCAUGAUCACCAUGUUAUUAUGCAACACCUUCUCCCACUAUCCCUAAGGACUUCUCUUCCAGAAUCCGUUGGUUUAGUGAUCAAUGAACUUUGCACAUUCUUUAGAGAAUUGUGUGCUAAAAAUGUCGAUGACAAGGAGCUAGAAAAGCUAGAGAAAGCGAUACCUUUGAUAUUGUGCAAGCUUGAGAGGAUUUUUCCACCGUCGUUCUUUGAUAUCAUAAUCCACUUGAUUGUUCAUCUUGCAAAAGAGGCUAGACUUGCAGGACCGGUACAAUAUAGGUGGAUGUAUCCUAUAGAAAGAAUUAACAAGGAUGAAUUACGUGAAGAGCAUCCUAAUUGGAAUGUUGAACGAUUGGAAAAACAUCAUCAUGAUAAUUUUUGUAGCUGGUUUAUAAAAUAUGUCCAAGAUCCAAAUGUAGAAUUAACAUUGGAUAAGGAUUUGAGAUGUCUAUCUGAAUAUCCGAGCCGAGAGGUUGCAUACUACAAUGGAUUUGGUGUAAGCGGGUACAAGUUUGAAAUCAAGGAGAGAGAAGAAUCUCGGACCACCCAGAAUAGUGGAAUUGCGGCUAUUGGCACUGAAGGAAUAAUUUACUAUGGGUAUUUAGAUAGAAUACUCGGUAUUCGCUAUCCCGGAAGAGCAAAACUAAUUUAUUUAUUCAAGUGUGUUUGGUAUCAUACAAGAACUGGACAUGGAAAGUGGAGAGAAACAUAUGGGACUUGGAAAGAUGAAUAUGGAUUGACUAGUGUAAACACUAAUCUUUUUGAGUUUGAAGAUGAACCGUAUAUAUUCCCGGAACAAGCAUUUCAAGUAUACUACUCAAAGUGUUUGAAACAUCCUGGAUGGAGUGUUGUUUGCCGAUGGAAGCCUAGGAAUACUUACGAUGUCCCACAAUUUGUAGAUGUUGACAUAGAGGACAAUCCUGAGACAGAUUCUGAUGAUGAAGGACUUAGAUUGUUACAAGCUACUAUUUCUAUAGACCCAAAUGAAUCUCAGGUUGAGCAUGAAGUUUCAUGGGUUCGGAAUGAUUUUGAACAUGAAAUCAUUGUAGACAUUCCUACAACGUCUAAGGAGUCUGUAAAAAGAAAAAGACUUGUUGCUAGAUUUCUUGAGAAGCUUCAGCAGGUUCCUAUAAUUAACCUACGUAAGUCCACUGACUCUGAAUCAGAAACAGUGAAACUGGAAUGGAAAAUCCCCUUCUGA